ACGCACAACUCGUUUGUUUCCAUCGCUGGGUUGUCACGUGGUGAGUCAAGAGGGAGAUCAGCGUGUAGACACGCCCCCACAUGACAUCAUUCUAUCCCUCCCUCUACAUGUCACGACUUCCUCAAAGUAUCAAUAUGGAGCUUUUGCGGCCCAUCCAGAGGAAGGAGCAGAGCGUUUGAAUGUUACACAGAAUUGUGGCGUCAGAAAGUUUAAAUGUCAGAGAGAGGCAACAUUGCGCAAGGAAGGGAUUGCUAAAGGUCAUAUCUAUAAAAGCAGUCCCAAACUGCUGACCAUCCAACCUCCAUGGCUCAGUUUGGUAGACAGAAGAAUCCCCCGCCAUGGGCCACCCAGUUUACAGCAGCUGCUGUGUCACAGCCAGCUCCUCUUGCUGUUCAGCAGCCAUCAAUGUUUGGGGCAUCCCCCUCCAUUUAUACCCAACAGUCUGCACUUGCAGCAGCUGGCCUCACCUCUUCUUCUCCAGCAAACUAUCAGCUAAACCAGACGGCAGCAUUACAGCAACAGGCAGCAGCUGCCGCUGCUGCUCUUCAGCAGCAGUAUGCCCAGCCCCAGCAGACUAUAUACAGUGUGCCACAGCAGCUGCAGCAACCACAGCAGGCAAUAUUAACUCAGCCAGCUGUAGCUUUGCCCACAAGCCUUGCCCUGUCCACUCCCCAACAGGCUGCCCAGAUAACAGUUUCAUAUCCAACACCAAGGUCAAGUCAGCAGCAGACUCAGCCUCAGAAGCAAAGAGUAUUCACAGGGGUUGUUUCCAAGCUCAAUGAGACAUUUGGAUUUGUGGAUGAAGAUGUAUUUUUUCAACUUACAGCUGUUAAAGGAAAGUCACCCCAAGCUGGUGACCGGGUGUUGGUGGAAGCCACUUACAAUCCCAAUAUGCCAUUCAAAUGGAAUGCGCAGAGGAUCCAGACUCUUCCAAACCAGAAUCCAGCUCCAGUUCAGCCAAUGAUAAAUAAUCCUCCUGCUGUCAUGCAACCUGUUGCACAACCUACUGCCUAUGCGGUUCAGACUCAGCCACCUCCUCAAGCACAAACUCUUUUUCAGGCUCAGAUGUCAGCUGCCACACUCACCCCUUUGCUUCAGACUCAACCAUCUCCUCUCAUACAACAACCACAGCAGAAAGCUGGAUUAAUACAGAUACCUGUUCGCAUUUCGUCACAACCACAGCCUGUGCGAAGAAUUGAGCCGCCAUCCCGAUUUUCUAGUAGAAGUGAUAGAGGAGAUUUAAUUUCAAGCCGGAAGGAUGACCGAAGUCGUGAAAGAGAGAGAGAGAGACAUAGAUCCCGCGAUCGAUCCCCUCAGAGGAAAAGAUCACGAGAAAGAUCUCCACGGCGAGAAAGAGAGAGGUCACCAAGGAGGCCAAGAAGGGUUGUACCUCGAUACACUGUUCAAGUUUCCAAGUUCUCUUUAGACUGCCCAGGAUGUGAUACAAUGGAGCUAAGGCGACGUUACCAGAAUCUCUACAUUCCUAGCGAUUUCUUUGAUACUCAGUUCACAUGGGUAGAUGCAUUUCCUAUCUCACGAUCAUUUCAGCUGGGCAAUUACAGCAACUUUUAUAUUAUGAAUAAGGAAGUCGAUCCUCUGGAGAAAAACACUGCAAUUGUGGAUCCCCCUGAUGCUGAUCAUACAUACAGUGUUAAGGUAAUGCUGUUAGCAAGCCCUUCCUUGGAAGAGUUGUAUCAUAAAUCGUGUGCUCUUGCUGAAGAUCCUAUAGAAGUUCGGGAAGGAUUUCAGCAUCCUGCAAGAUUAAUAAAGUUUUUAGUGGGAAUGAAAGGUAAAGACGAGGCUAUGGCAAUAGGAGGACACUGGUCUCCUUCCCUUGAUGGACCUAAUCCAGAUAAAGACCCUUCUGUACUCAUCAGGACAGCUGUCCGCUGUUGUAAGGCCCUGACUGGCAUUGAGCUGAGCUUGUGCACACAGUGGUACCGUUUUGCAGAGAUUCGCUACCAUCGCCCUGAGGAGACCCACAAGGGGCGUACGGUUCCUGCUCAUGUGGAGACAGUGGUUUUAUUUUUCCCGGAUGUUUGGCAUUGCCUUCCCACCCGCUCAGAGUGGGGAAACCUGUGCCGCGGAUACAAGCAGCAGCUGGUCGACAAGCUUCAGGGUGAUCGCAAGGAAGCUGAUGGAGAACAGGAGGAAGAAGAUAAAGAUGGUGAUGCAAAAGAAAUUUCUACUCCUACCCAUUGGUCAAAGCUUGACCCGAAGAUAAUGAAGGUAAACGAUCUUCGUAAGGAGCUAGAAAGUAGAACCCUUGGCUCUAAAGGUCUGAAAUCUCAACUUAUUGCUCGACUGACAAAACAGCUACGUAUAGAGGAACAAAAAGAAGAGCAGAAAGAACUUGAAAAAUGUGUGAAAGAAGAGAAAGAGGAGGAAGAAAGGAAAUCUGAGGAUGAUAAAGAGGAAGAGGAGCAAAAACGACAAGAGGAAUUGGAACGCCAGAGACGUGAAAAGAGAUAUGUGUUGCCAGAUGAGCCGGCAAUUAUUGUUCAUCCAAACUGGUCUGCGAAAAAUGGAAAGUUUGAUUGCAGCAUCAUGUCCCUUAGUGUUUUGUUAGACUACCGAAUAGAGGACAAUAAGGAGCAUUCGUUUGAGGUAUCACUGUUUGCUGAACUAUUUAAUGAAAUGCUCCAGAGGGAUUUUGGAGUGCGUAUAUACAGGGAGCUUUUAGCUCUCCCUGAGAAAGAAGAAAAGAAAGACAAGGAGAAAAAAUGCAAGAAAGAAGACAAAGGAGAAAGGAAAGAGGAUAAAGAUGACGAUGAUGAGCCAAAGCCUAAACGAAGGAAAUCGUCAGAAGAAAAGAUAAAGCUGGAGGAGAAGGAGGAAAGAAAGAGAGAUGACAGGAGAAAGGAGGAUUACAGAGAGGAAGAUGAUCUGGAUUAUGAGAACCAAGAUGACGAUGAACCAAUAGCAGCAGAAGAAGAUGACGGUGAUUUUGAUGACAGAGAGAAUGACGAUGAUGACUCAAGCAGUAAGGAUAAACGGGAAGAAAAAAGAGAUGGCAACAGAUGUAGCAAGGAACAACAAUCCAAAGAUAAGGAGAAGGAUAAGAAGCAGAUGGUUACAGUUAAUAGAGAUCUGUUGAUGGCUUUUGUCUAUUUUGACCAAAGUCAUUGUGGUUACCUGUUGGAAAAGGAUUUAGAGGAGAUUUUAUACACUCUUGGUUUACACCUCUCGCGUGCUCAGGUAAAAAAACUCUUUACCAGAAUAUUGCUGAAAGAAUCAUUGCUUUACCGUAAAUUAACCGAUACGGCAACCGAAGAUGGAAGUCAUGAAGAAACUGAUCCCUUAAACAAUGAUAUUCUAGGUAAUUGUUCCCUACUGCCAUCUAAAGCUGUGAGAACUGGAUUAUCAACAGUGGAAGACAAAGGAGGCUUAAUUGUGUAUAAAGGUGCAAUGGUGGACGUUGGAAGCCUACUGCAGAAGCUAGAAAAGAGUGAAAAAACGAGGACCGAAUUAGAACACAGGCUUCAGACACUCGAAUCCAAAACAGAGGAAGAUGAAAAAACAAUAUCCCAGCUGGAAGCGUCUAAUCAAAAUUUGUCUGAGGAAUUAAAACAGACAAAAGAUGAUCUUGGCCACCUAAAAGACAGUUUGAAAGCGGCAGAAGACACAAGGUCUUUGUAUGAAGACCAGCUAACGAACAGCAUCAAAAAUUUGUCAGCAGCCAUGGAAGAAAUCCAGGUGGUUUUAAAUCAGAAUCCAUCUCCAACAGAGGAUCAGAAAUCGAAAGAAAAUGGAUCAAGUUAACUUUUGCUUUGUGCUGGUCAAGUGUGAGAAGUCUGGAGCAACUGGACUGCCUUACUAAGCAAGCGACCCGGGUAAAUGGAUAUUGUAUUAUAAAUCAACUCCAGUGCCGUGCGAGAGACAGUGUGAAUAGCGGUUAUUUAAUGGGGAAGAUGUAUAAAGUUUUAUUAGUGUGUGAGGGUACCUGUAGGGGUUGCCUGUAAUUCAGAGUAAAACACAAACUGCCUUGUUGAUAAUGUUAAAAUAAAUGGUGUUUAAAAUGAGAAGUAACAAAUAGACGCUCUAAUAAAUUAAUUUUUCUUCACUGAGACAUUAGGAAAAGCACAUGGAUUUUAGGGACACAUCGAGUCCAUCAAUUUUGUAGGGCAGAAUACAAAGGAUUUGGUUGCAUCCUAAUUUGUGGCGAGAGGGACGUUAAAAUUGCAUCAAUUUUAGGGAUGUACCGAAUCCACUAUUUGGAUUCAGCCGAACCCCUGAAUCCUUCGUGAAAGAUUUGGCCGAAUCCAAAGCCUAAUUUGCAUAUGCAAAUUAGGGGUGGGAAGGCAAAAACAUUUUUUAGUUCUUUGUUUUGUGACAGUCACGCACUUUCCCUCCCCGCCUAAUUUGCAUAUGCAAAUUAGGAUUCGGUUCGGCCAGCAAGAAGGAUUCGGCCGAAUCCCAAACCAAAUCCUGGAUCUUGGGCAUCCCUAAUCAAUUUUGAACAAAGCUUUAAAGUCAUGUGACUUUUAGUUAGAUUUGGUUCGGCUGAACACUGGGGGGGGGGUGAACCCCAAUCCCAUUGAAUCCUUGAUUCUGUGCAUCCCUGUUUAGAUAGGAUAGACGUGUUUUUUGGGUUUUAUUUUUUUUGUGAAUAGUGAAUUCCACAAUCUUUUCCCGCUCCCUAUACCUUUAAAUCUGAAAUCUAGAGUAGUUUUACAAAAUCAAUACAAGAAAAAAAAUUGAGGGGGAAAGUAUAUUUAAGUAUAUUAUGAAAUAAAUACUAUGUGCUCUUUGGGGGGAGUAGAUAUCAUUUGAUAUAUAUGCAUUUUUGGUUCUGAGGUUUUCUUGAGCAAAUGCCAGAAGAAAUGAAUAGAAACCUCAUACUGACAAAGUUGUUUCCUACAUUUUAUUUACAUUAAAAUAUUUUUGCCUGUU